CAACCAGACGGCGAUCGCCAGCCGCAGACGAAGAAUACAUCAGACCAAGCUCCCCCAGUGGAUAGCCACGAACUCGAUCACAGGCUAUAACAGACAGCAUCACGGAGCUCUCUCGGAUGUUGGACCCGGUAGAAUUGGCACAUCGAACAGGCUUCAGCUCGCUCGAUCGCACGAAAGAUCCAGGAAGCCGAGCCUGAUUUCCAGGUCUCGGUAGCUGACUCCAGAUGGCGAAUUCAGAUCAAAAGAUCUGAAGAGUUGGCAGUCGAACUCAAGAAACAAUGCUUCGAAAUAUUCGAAUCUAACAUGAAACAGAUUUAUUUGAAGAGCACAGACGGCUAUAAACCGAAAGCAAAGAAGAGAGAGUUAUUCCACCCGCAUUCUCGGUUUCUAUUAGCUUCAGGAGCUCAUGAGCAGGAUGACGGAUCGGAGGCCCCCAUCGCAGGCUUUCUGAUGUGGAGAUUCGACUUCGAAGAGUGCUUUAGCACAGAAGAAGGCCAGAUUGAAGUCGUGUAUUGUUAUGAGAUCCAGCUGAAGCCUGAGACCAGGGGCAAGGGGCUGGGAAAAGGCUUGAUGGAGAUUCUCGAACGGAUCGGCGCCAGUUGGCAGAUGAAGAAACUCAUGCUCACUGUCCAAAUCGAAAAUGCGAAAGCCAUCAAUUUCUAUCGCUCCUUGAACUUCCUCCCUGAUGAGAUUUCUCCCUCACAAAUAGUCGAUCAGCCUGAAGGAGAAGCGAAAGCAGACUACGAAAUCUUGUCAAAAGCUUUGCAACCUUCUCUUUCAACCCAAACAUAAUUCCAUCUUUACUAUCUGAUGGGGCAUGUUGUACUUGACAUAGUGAUCAAAAAAAAUAAUCCCAAGUUCAAGCUUGUUUGAUGAGCUAGAUUAUAGAUAUAUAUGUAAUGGUACUAGGUUAUUUCCACAUCUCCACAUGCAGGAAGGUC